UUUUCCAUAUUCUCCUUCUCAUGCUCACUCUCUGUUUCUCUCACAAUCAGAGCAUGGAACGUCUUACCUUUCCUUGUUUCCUCUUACUUCUCUUCAUCUUCGCAUUUGCUGCAGAUGCGGGUUCCAUCGGAGUUAACUACGGCCGAAUAGCGAACAACCUUCCUCCAGCGCCAAAGGUGGUUCAGCUCCUCAAGUCUCAAGGUCUGGAGAAGGUCAAGCUCUACGAUACUGACCCUACCGUACUCAAGGCUCUUGCUGGUUCAGGCAUCAAGGUUGUCGUCGACUUACCAAACGAGCAGCUCUACUUGGCCUCGAAGACUUCAUCCUUCGCCAACAAUUGGGUCCAGAAGAACAUCGUUGCUUACCAUCCAUCCACCCAAAUCUAUGCCAUUGCCGUCGGCAACGAAGUGUUUGUUGACCCCAACAACACAACCAAUUACCUUGUCCCAGCCAUGCGCAACAUCCAGGCCGCGCUCGUCAAAUUCAAACUCGAUUCUUCGAUUAAGGUGUCGUCACCCAUAGCCCUCAGUGCUCUACAGAACUCAUACCCGUCUUCUGCGGGAUCCUUCAAACAGGAGCUAAUCGAACCCGUAAUCAAACCCAUGCUGGAAUUUCUGCGGGAGACCGGGUCGUACCUUAUGGUGAAUGCUUACCCUUUCUUCGCUUACUCGGCCAACGCCGACGUUAUCUCCCUGGAUUACGCUCUUUUCAGGAAUAACUCCGGCGUAGUUGACUCCGGCAAUGGAUUACGUUAUUACAGUCUCUUUGACGCACAAAUCGAUGCGGUGUUUGCGGCAAUGUCGGCUUUGAAGUACGACAAUAUCGAGUUAACGGUGACGGAGACCGGAUGGCCGUCCAAGGGAGACGAGACAGAAACGGGUGCGGGCGAGGAAAAUGCAGCUGCCUACAACGGCAACCUCGUGCGGAGGAUACUCACAGGGGGAGGAACUCCGUUGAGACCCAAGGCGGAGAUAGAGGUGUUCUUGUUUGCGCUGUUCAAUGAGAACAACAAACCCGGUCCGACCUCCGAGAGGAACUACGGGCUUUUCUACCCAACCGAAGAAAAGGUGUACGACAUACCAUUGACGAUGGCGGAGGUGACACAGCAGGGUCCGGUUAGCGGCGGAGGGAAGAGCCAAGUGACCAACCCCGUGAAGGGCAGUGGAGGAAGCGGCGGCACCGUAUCGACUAGCUCGUCGGGGCAGACGUGGUGUGUGGCGAAUGGGAAAGCAGGGAAUCAGAGGUUGCAGGCGGCGUUGGAUUAUGCGUGCGGUGAAGGAGGGGCGGAUUGUAGCCAGAUACAGCCGAGUGGGCUUUGUUACGAUCCCAAUACAGUGGAGGCACACGCAUCGUUCGCAUUCAACAGCUACUAUCAGAAGAAUGGGAGACGAAUGGGAACCUGUGAUUUCCAAGGAGCCGCUUAUGUCGUUACCCAACCUCCCAGUGCGUCUUCUUCCCCUUCUCAUUCAUUUUAUUUAUCCUUAACAAACACAACCCACUGUGCAUGAACAUUGAUCAGUGAUGAUGACUGAUG